AUGGGAGAUGUCUGUGAAGAGGGUCAUAUUGAUGUUAAACCUAGUAAGAUAAUCAAAUAUUUGGACAAUACUCCUAAAUAUUCUGACAAUAUUAAUAUCAUCAAGUUUUGUAGAUAUUUGUAUUGAAUUUUUUUUUCUUAAUUUCACAGAUACAAUUGACAGAAAAAUUUUGGUGAACGUUGAAGUUGAUCAGGAAUACAACAACAACUUUGAGAAUAAGUCAUCAGAGGAGUAUAAAAACUUUGUCAGCGACUUCACUCGGCAGGUGAGAUCUAAGUGGGUUUUUGACUGAAAAAUAAAUUGUGGUGGUGAGCAAUCAUUCCUCUCAAUAUCCCCUUCACCUUUAAGAUUUAGCCUUCAUUACAGGAGAUCAACCAUACAACCUAAAAAAGCAUAAAGACUGACAUGUUGCUGUGAUGUUUUAUUCUCAGAUGUUUGAGUACUACAACUCAAAAAUAGACCAUUUAAAAGAAGUGGUGGUCAUCAGUCUCAGGUAUGGCAUUUUCACUAUUUUUGUAAAGUUUUAAAUUCUACCUGGUCACUGAGGCUAUUUUUUUCUAAAGUUACUCAUUUUGUUCCUUCUUUUAGUCCUGGAAACCUAUUGGUGAGAUCCUCAAGGAACACUGUGGAAAAGGUAAUUUUUUUUUUUAAUUUUGACAAGAAAAUCAUUGAAAAGUAAUAAUGACAUACUGAAUUUGAACUACUUCACUGUCAUCGUAGAGGAGAAAAAGGGCUGAAGACACAGAAGGCUACAGAAACACACGAAGCGUGGGGUAAAUACAGAAGAUGAUAAUAAAAAAAAAUCUUUUAUCAAAAGGUUUUCUCAAUAACUGCAACUGACAUAUACAAAAUUCUUUCUCGCAGAGUUAAAGUUGAACAUGAUGUUGUCCUGGAGAUUCCCAAUGAUGUGACUCAUGAGUCAUUGUAUGCAAAUGACACUGAAGCAAUCAAGCAGGCGGUCAGUGGCCUCGUAAACUGCACAGAUGGUGAGGGAGAACUUUAAAGAACAACCUCAACACCAAAAAUGUUGAGAUGCUGUAAAUAAAAAACAGGAUUUGAUGGUUUCACUCUUAGUUGUAGCUUUCUAAGAUGCUGGACCAUGAGACAAAAAACAAAAAACUUUAUUCUUACUGAAUAUUUCCUUCUUCGGCUUGUUUUUGUAUAUGCUCAUUUUUGUUCAUGUCAUUUGAUCUUUGGUUGUCUGAAUUUCCAGGUUGUCCUACUUUACCCAUCACACAGGAGCCCACAGUGAAUACCACAGAACCGGAUCAUGGAGGUCAGUCUCAGCACAGCUCAUGUGUUUAUGUGAAACUGUGUGUGAAACCAUUGUUAAAUCAUGACUUAUUUUUGUCUCUGUGUGAGCUGUGCAAUCAAAAGAGGAAAAAACAACAGAAGCUACCGUACACUCACUUUUAGCCCAACAGAUUAGCAUUGUUGGUCGAUAAAACAGUAAAACGGUAAAACACAGUAAAACUGUAAUAUUCAAUGUUUUUGACUCACUUAAUUUCACUUUAGAUGAGACAGGAUGUCAGGGAAUUUUGGGCUUUUCUGUUCCCCCACAGUGUGCACGGCUCAACAACCAAAAUGUGUUCAGACACACUUUAUUUCACUUUGUCCCACACCCCUUAGCCUGAAGGCCCUGGACAUAAUGAAUCUGCAACUAUGAAUAUAGACUUACUGCACUCAGCGGCUCAGAGAAAGAAUGUGUGAAUUUACUUGAAUUUUGAUACAAUAAAAUAGAUGAGAAAAGCAUCAUUAAGUUGCAUUUUACAGUUUUUUUUUCCAUCUAUGUGCUGUGUUAGUUAGUAUUCCUGCUGCUUUAUCAUACUUCAUCAUUUCAGGUCUGUUCUUCUUCCUCUGUUUUUGCAGCCUUCUGUGUAAAUGUGGUGGAGGAUGCAGAUCUGGCAGUUUACUACCAGCUUUUUAAUGACAGUGGCGUCCUCUCCUGUGUGAGCUCCUGCGACUCCAAACAUACCAAUAGUAAAACAUGCUACAACAACGGCAAGUGCCGAAUCUUCAUAGCCACCGGAGCUGUCUGCGAGUGAGUCUAACUCUGCUGUGACUUUGAUUGCAGACAAACUAGACAGGGUUAAAUUCAUCACACACGUGAUAUUUGUACUCAGAUUUCUCCAGAAUCCCAGUGAGAAGGGGUUUCUUUUAGAAUCUUCCUAUCUGCUCUGUCAUCUGACUUUAUUUCUCCUUCUGUCUCCAGGUGUGUUGACGUGACCUCCACCUGGUACCUGGGGGAUGACUGCAGCAUGCCCAUCUAUAGGACGCCUCUCAUUGCAGGACUGAGUGUGACGCUGGCGGUUCUGCUGGUGCUGAUAGGAGUUAUGACAGCGUUUGUACUGAGAAACAGACACAUGCAGGAGAGGUGAGAUGUUCGAGAUUAAUCUGCAAAGACCAAGAACUACCUACAGAAUGUGAUUUGUCACAUUGUGCAGGUGGUGAUUUCCACUCCAGAGUCCUGUCGUUUGUUAAUGAAGUGCUGCCUGAAGGCCUGAGGAUCACAUCAAAUAAAAUACAGACUUUGCAUGAUUGGCAAACCAUCAUGUUUUCUUUUACACCACAUUUCAAAUCUCAGGUUGUACUUUUGGAGGCUGUUAUUGUCUUUUCUGUAGUGAAAUCUGAUUGGUGUUCUGCUGUGUCCGCAGGAAGAGAGACCCUAGACAGAUGCAGGUCGACGAAUGGCUAGAUGAAGACUUUGAAUGGUCCAGAUCAAACAAUCGCAGUGCUGGUAAUACAUUUAUCACACACACACACACACACACACACACACACACACACACACACACACACACACACACACACAGACUUCCUCAUCAGUCACAAAACAAUAUCUUGUUUCCUCAAUGUAUUUUUUUACAAUUCAUCAAUGGUCUAUAUGCUAUUUAUAAAUGAUGAUUAAACAUAAAUAAACUAUCUGCUUACCAUUUUUACAUGGUCUAUUUACCAUUUAUAAGUUAUGGUUAUUUUUAAGUGUUACCCAUAUUUUGAGGACAAGAUUAGAAUAUUGUAGGAAAGUUCAAUAUUUUGUGCACACAUUAAAACUAGCUUAUUUUUUAAAAGACGUGAACUUUGUCAUAAAUCAUAACAGAGUCAAGGGCAGAGAUCCAAGUCAGAGUCAAAAGUUACCUGGUGAAUCAGGACCUGUUUGGAUCACUUGUGGUCUUUCUCGGCUGUUAGCAGCCAGCUGAAGUUCGGAGGCUCCAUAAGUAUGCAUGCCAGAUAAAAACUCCCCUAAUUGAAAUUAAUUAAAGUUCUUAUCCUGUGAGCUAAGAAUAAAGAAGUCUUUUUGGAGACUGUCAAGCUCUGUAAGGACGCUGCACAGUUUUGGGGGUCUGACUCUAACUGGCCCUGUGUCUAUUAAACAGAAGCUUCAGAUCGAUCCAGAAUCCUGAUUUAAAAGUUUUAGAGAGUAAUGUUCGUGCAUUGUAAUCCACAGACAAUCGUUUCUUCUGUGGUUGUAAGCCACUGAUGAACCCUUACUGUUCUUCUGUUUUUAGGGACUUACAGGAACCCCUCAUUCCCCCAGCAUGUACAAGCAGCUCACAGAGAGGAUCCAGAUCUUUCCAGACGACUUGCAUCUGUAAACCAGUCAGCUGGACCGCCGAGUGACCACAGACAGUCAGACAGGACGUCCAGCCCACUACAGCAGGAUCAGGGGCACAUUUCUCCAUCAGACAACACCAGAUCCCCUCAGUCUGUAGGAGCAGCCGGACUAUACACAAACCCAGUCAGUCAGAUUUGAACCUCCAUGUCCUCCUUAUUGGCAGCCUCCACCCUGAUUUCCAUGUUUACAUUUUUCUGCUUUUUUGUCCUCUCUCUCCACAGAUGAGGAUCAACAGGCCUGAGAUCAGGAUGUCCUGGGACGCCUGAAGAGUGCAAUAAAAAGGAGGUGCUGAAGAAUCAAAUCGGGAAUACGGGGCAGAGGGUUUUUUCAGCCCAUUCAGGGAAAUCUGUGCCUUAUAUUUGCUUAAGGGUUUUAAUUGUGUUUUUUAUUCACGGAUUUUAUAGUUAAAAUGUACCUGGAGGUGUAGCAGUUUACCAAAGAGGGACUGGAGGUUAUCUUUAGGCGUAUUUACUGACUAUUUAUGACUGAAAAUUGAUCUGAGUCACUGCUUUAUUUAUU